CUAAACAAACCCAAAUCAGAAGCCAUUGACGUAGGAUUUUGUGGAGGCAUAAUUGAUCAUCAUCAAAGGAGGGAAAAUAAGCCAGAUGCAGUUAUUUAUGUUUCUCAUGCAUGCGGUGUUGCUUCAAUAGAGGGACAACAUGGGAUGCACUGCCUCCAACAAAAGUCCAUAUGGUGCUUUUGUUUCAUGGAAGAACAGUAUGAAAUAGAAGCUGAGUUUAUUCAGUUAGUAUGCCUUGGCUGCAUAUAGAAAUCAAUGACGGCGUUCUAGUUUGAUUGAUAUAAAAAGCAGAGUUUAAUGGAGAACUUGAUCCGAGUUGAAAUCCUCCACAACUUUUAAUAACCUUCUUUACCAUCAUCUUAAUCACUCCCAAAUCAAAAAAAAAAUGCGUUUCCAAUUCAUCCUUACAACCGUUUUGGCAACGGCCACAAUUGCUUCCGCUCAAGGUCUUGGCGGCGUGAUCAGUUCAGCAGUUUCAGGUGCUGCAAGUGUUGGCGGUGAUAUCACUUCAGGUGCUGCAGGUGCAGCCAGCACCGUAACUUCAGGUGCAGGUGGUAUAGCUACUACCGUAACAUCCGGAGCUGGAGGUGUAGCUACCACCAUAGCCAGUGGCGGUAGCAGUAUCGUGUCAAACGCUAGCAGUGGUGCAGAAGGCGGUGUAAGUAAUGCAAGUUCUCAAUUAUCCACUACAGCAGCUUCAAGUCAUGAUAACGGUGCAGCAGGAUCUUUGUCACACUUUAAUUCAAACGGUAACAUUUUCACUUUUGCUGGUUUAACCGUUGCUGGUUUGGCAGGUGCAGGUGCUGUUUUAUUGUAAACGAUUUUGUGCUGUGCCUCUUGUUAGCAUUCAAUGAUAUACCUUUACAUGCACAACCCCUGACUAGCAUUAUUCAUGGAAUAUGGUGGGAAUCAUUAAUGGCUUUAGAUGAAUACAAACUGGCUCAAAUUGCCAUUGAAAUACAAAUCUGUAGGAUAAAGAAGAAAAAUAAUACAACAGAAUAAAGAUACCGAU